AUGGAAAUAUUUGACACAUCGGGGAAAAGGCGAAGCGUCCCUCUGCACCUUCGCCAGAAAGCGGCGGCUCUCGUAGCGGCCUCCCCGAUUAUGGGUUUUACUCUGCGCCCAGUGACCAGAGGGGGGGGGCCCUGCUCCUUUGCUGACUAUGGCUCCCUGGGGCCCCAAGCGGCUCAGAUGCUGCACAGUGAGCAUGCCACCUCCGCCUGCAACUCCCCCCUACAGCACCUACACAGCCCGGAUCAGUUUAAGAACCCAGGCACCAACCCUUCAAGGCCCGGAGGUUUCCCUGGCGCUAACAGUCCAGGACCGGUGGCUGACCUGUAUGGGCCUAGCAGCCAAGAUUCAGCCGUGGGCAACUACAUCAGCGCUGCUAGCCCUCAGCCCGGCUCUGGGUUCGGCCCCAGCAUCACAGGCCCGUUGAUUGCGACAGCUUUUACAAAUGGAUACCAUUGA